AGCGGCAGCAGCCAAUAGAAGUGGACAUGGCUUCUUCAGGGACCUCGGUUAUGCAGCCGCGCUGGAAGAGGGUUUUGGGCUGGUCUGGCCCGGUUCCUCGCCCGAGACACGGACACCGAGCUGUGGCCAUUAAAGAGCUGAUGGUGGUGUUCGGCGGAGGGAAUGAAGGCAUUGUGGACGAGCUGCACGUCUAUAAUACAGCCACCAAUCAGUGGUUUAUUCCUGCUGUCCGGGGUGACAUUCCUCCCGGCUGUGCUGCAUAUGGAUUUGUGUGCGACGGCACCAGACUCCUCGUGUUCGGAGGCAUGGUUGAAUACGGAAAGUAUAGCAACGAUCUUUAUGAACUACAGGCCAGUAGAUGGGAGUGGAAACGUUUGAAGCCCAAAGCCCCCAAGAAUGGCCCACCACCAUGUCCUCGCCUGGGCCACAGCUUUUCCCUGGUUGGAAACAAAUGCUAUUUGUUUGGUGGACUGGCAAAUGACAGUGAAGAUCCCAAAAACAAUAUUCCCAGAUACCUGAAUGACCUCUACACACUUGAGCUACGCCCGGGGUCUAACGUGGCAGGCUGGGACAUCCCCAUUACAUAUGGUGUGCUUCCCCCUCCUCGUGAGAGCCACACUGCUGUUGUCUACACAGAGAAAACGUCCAAAAAGUCUCGUCUCGUAAUUUAUGGCGGGAUGAGUGGCUGCCGUCUUGGAGACCUCUGGACUUUAGACAUAGAUACUUUAACCUGGAACAAACCUGCCAUAAGUGGUGCGGCACCUUUGCCCCGCAGUCUCCACUCUGCCACCACUAUAACCAACAAGAUGUUUGUGUUUGGUGGAUGGGUUCCUCUGGUCAUGGAUGAUGUGAAAGUAGCGACACACGAGAAGGAAUGGAAGUGCACUAACACACUAGCCUGCUUAAAUCUAGACUCAAUGUCUUGGGAAACCAUCUUGAUGGACACGCUUGAGGAUAAUAUCCCAAGGGCCAGAGCCGGACACUGCUCUGUGGCUAUAAACAACAGGCUGUAUGUCUGGAGUGGAAGAGAUGGCUACCGCAAAGCCUGGAACAACCAAGUUUGCUGCAAAGAUCUGUGGUAUUUGGAAACAGAUCGUCCUCAGCCUCCGUCACGUGUGCAGCUGGUCCGUGCCAACACCAACUCUCUGGAGGUGAGCUGGGGGGCAGUGCCUACCGCCGACACUUACCUGCUGCAGCUGCAGAAAUAUGACAUCCCUGCUGCAACAGCUGCCACAUCGCCAACGGUCAACCCAAUCUCGUCUUUACCCAUCAACUCGCCUAAGAGUCCGGCGCCCGCCGCUGCUGCUCCUGCAGCUCAGAGUCUGCCCCUUUCUGGGGUCACAAUGGUGCCACAAGUUCCUUCCCCCACCACCGCCAUGCCAAGCAGCCCGCUUGCAGCCUCACCUCGUGGACCAGCUAUUCUCAAAGUGGCAGCGCCUCAUUCCAACCCCGGGACGUCAGUCGUUACUGUGCGUCAGGCCACUCCAGGAGGAAAAUCCCCAGUCACGGUUACAUCACUUCCUGCAGGUGUCCGCAUGGUUGUCCCUGCACAGAGCACCCAGGGGGCGCCAAUCGGCAGCAGUCCUCAGAUGAGUGGCAUGGCUGCUUUGGCUGCAGCUGCAGCCGCCACACAGAAGAUCCCGCCCUCUUCCACGACCACUGUGCUAAAUGUUCCAGCCGGAGCCACCAUCAUGAAAACCGUCGCUAUGACUCCUGGAUCCACAACUCUGCCUGCUACUGUCAAAGUAGCUUCACCUUUAAUGGUUACUAAUCCUGCGACCCGAAUGCUGAAAACAGCUGCAGCUCAGGUCGGCACUUCCGCCAUCUCUACUGCUAACACUCAGACUCGGCCGAUCAUCACUGUGCACAAAUCAGGCACCGUAACCGUAGCCCAGCAGGCUCAGGUCGUCACCACCAUGGUUGGAGGAGUCACCAAAACUAUAACCCUUGUUAAGAGCCCCAUUACAAUGGGUGGCAGCGGUCCUCUGAUCUCCAGCCUUGGGAAGAUGAUGUCUGUUGUCCAGACCAAACCAGUACAAACCUCUGCGGUCACCGGGCAGGCUGGAAGCAGUCCUGUUACUCUAAUACAAACAAAGACUCCUCUGCCUGCUGGUACCAUCCUGAAACUGGUCACAUCUGCUGAUGGCAAGCCCACCACAAUCAUUACAACUUCACAGGCAGGAGGGGCUGGCACCAAACCCACUAUCCUGGGCAUCAGCACUGUCUCUCCAACUGCUGCCAACAAACCAGGAACCACCAUUAUUAAAACCAUUCCCAUGUCUGCUAUCCAACAAGGAGCAGCAGGUCUGACUGGCAGCCCUGGUGUCAAGUCCCCCAUCACAAUUAUCACCACUAAGGUUGUUACUCCUGGCACGGGUACUCCAGGGAAAAUCAUAACAGCUGUGCCAAAACUGACAGGUGCAGGACAACAGGGGGUCACACAGGUGGUCCUGAAGGGGGCGCCAGGGCAGCCCGGCACUAUCCUGCGCACUGUGCCUAUGGGUGGAAUGCGUCUGGUUUCACCAGGCUCUGUGUCCGCUGGCAAACCAACUGUUACCACACUGGUUGUCAAGGGCACCACAGGAGUCACAACUCUAGGUACAGUAAGUGGUACUGUAUCGACUAGCGUGGCAGGGGCAAAUGUGGCAAGCGCUAACUCCAGCCUGGUGACUCCAGUCACCACACUUGCCUCCAUCGCCACAUUGUCCAGCCAAGUGAUCAAUCCCACGGCCAUCACUGUAUCUGCUGCCCAGACCAACCUCACCCCCUCUACAAUACAAUCGGCAGCCCAGCCUACUCAAGUAACCCUGAUCACGACUCCAAGUGGUGCUGAGGCCCAGCCUGCACAGGAUCUUCCUGUCUCCAUCCUGGCCUCUCCCACCUCAGAGCAGCCGUCCACCACUGGUGCUGAUGCUGGUGACGGCGCUGGCGAUGGUGCUACCACUGUGACACUGGUCUGCUCCAACCCUCCGUGUGAGACCCAUGAGACUGGAACGACCAACACAGCGACAACUGCUUCUGCCAAAAUGGGCACCCAACAGAUUUGUUCCAACCCUCCAUGUGAGACCCAUGAGACUGGAACAACCAACACGUCGACAACGGCUUCUGCUAAAAUGGGCACAGAACAAAUUUGUUCUAACCCUCCCUGUGAGAUGCACGUGACAGGCACCACCAACACGGCAACCACGGCCUCUGCGAACAUGGGCAGAGGACAGCAGGUGUGCACCAACCCACCCUCAGAGACACAUGACACAGGCACCACCAACACAGCCACUACUGCCAGCUGCAACAUGGGAUCUAAAGAGAUGGAAACCGUGAACAGCAAGACAACAUCUUCGCCGACUACGUCUUCAGCUUCUGGUUCAGAAUCAGCAACACCCGUCUCAGAGAGCAGUGCUGAAUCGGGCACCAUGCGGCCGGAGAAUCUCCGCACGGGGACCACCAACACCUCCACUACUGCCCGCUCCAACAUGGGCUCCGACCAGACAGGAACGGUGCAGAGCUCCGACAAGAGCCAGGCCGCCAUCUCCUCUACGAUGAUGCCUGUUUGCUCCAGUCCCGACGAAACGGACGAGGCGAGCAGCACAAACGCUUCACCUGUGUCUGAUGACGUCCAGCAGGUCUGCUCAAAUCCUCCCUGUGAGACACACAAGACUGGCACGACCAAUACGGCUACGCAGUCGAGCUCUAGUAUGGGCAGUGGGCAAACCAAUGUUGUACAGAGGGUGUGUUCCAAUCCGCCCUGUGAAACUCAUGAAACGGGCACUACCAACACGCCGACCCAGGCCUCAUCUUCUAUUGGUGCUGGACAGAACGACGCUGUGCAGAUGUGUUCCAAUCCGCCCUGUGAAACUCAUGAAACGGGCACUACCAACACGCCGACCCAGGCCUCAUCUUCUAUUGGUGCUGGACAGAACGACGCUGUGCAGAGGGUGUGUUCCAAUCCGCCCUGUGAAACUCAUGAAACGGGCACUACCAACACGCCGACCCAGGCCUCAUCUUCUAUUGGUGCUGGACAGAACGACGCUGUGCAGAGGGUGUGUUCCAAUCCGCCCUGUGAAACUCAUGAAACGGGCACUACCAACACGCCGACCCAGGCCUCGUCUUCUAUUGGUGCUGGACAGAAUGGUGCUGUGCAGAGGGUGUGCUCCAAUCCACCCUGUGAAACUCAUGAAACCGGCACCACCAACACGCCGACCCAGGCCUCGUCUUCUAUUGGUGCUGGACAGAAUGGUGCUGUGCAGAGGGUGUGUUCCAAUCCUCCCUGUGAAACUCAUGAAACCGGCACCACCAACACAGCCACGACAGCAACAAGCAGCUUAGAAACUGGAGAAGGAGCAGCCCAGCAGGCUGGUGAUGGACAGAGUGACAGCGGCACCAGCUCAGAACCCUCAUCAUCUACAGAAUCAGCCAAUCCCACAACACAAAGCAGAGCCAUCACAACAGUAACACAGGCCACGCCCACUCCAGGACCAUCAGUACCGGAGAUUUCUUCCAUGGCUGGAUCUGCGGUAGUGGCUGAGGUCCCAGGAGAGGCCGAGGCCAUGGAGCAGACCAGUGCUGAGGCCGUGGCAGCGGGAGAAGAGCCCAUGCAGACCGAGUGUCAGGGAGAGCUGGGUGAAGAGGGAGCCGUCAGGGUCGUGGCCAUAGGUGAAAGUGCAGCCGGUGAGGAGGGCACCAUGCUACAGGUUCAUGUCGCCAUGGAAGCACAGCCAGGUCAAGGAGAUCAGUCUGAGCAGAUGGAGGCCGGUGUGGAGGGUGCCGAAGCAAUGAGUCUCGCAGCUCAAGACUCUGAAGCCCUUGCUCUGCCCCAGGAGCUGAUGUCGGCAGAAGGACAACAAACCACCCUCAUGGUGACCGGACUGACUCCAGAGGAGCUGGCUGUGACGGCAGCGGCUGAGGCUGCAGCACAGGCUGCAGCUACAGAAGAAGCACAGGCCCUCGCCAUCCAGGCUGUCCUACAGGCGGCUCAGCAGGCUGUGCUCAGUGAGGGAGACUCGGGUCACGACGGGCAGCAAUCCACCACCAUCCCUAUAGUUUUGACUCAGCAGGAGCUUGCUGCUCUGGUUCAGCAGCAGCAGCAGCUCCAGGAGGCGCAGGCGGCUGCAGCCCAGCAGUUAAGCGCUGAAGCAGCCGCAGCUGCACUGCCCACCGAAGCCUUGGCUCCAGCAGACAGUCUCAACGACCCAGCGUCUGAGAGCAACGGCCACGAGAUGACAACUGCUGUCGUGGGAGCUGUGGCCCGUCUCCUUCCACGUACUUCUGCAGAGACUCUAGCCCCAUCAAGUACUUUUGCACCAUCUCAGCCAAUGGUGGUCGCCAGUCCUGCCAAGAUGCAAGCAGCCACUGCUUUAGCUGAGGUGGCCAAUGGGAUUGAAUCAGCAGCUGGGAAGCAAGAAGCUCCUCCAGCCGUUGUGAAGCCACCAGUGAAGAAAGAGAAUCAGUGGUUUGACGUUGGAAUCGUUAAGGUCACAAACAUGGUUGUCACGCACUAUUAUGUGCCAGCAGAUGAUUCAGCGGUUACUGAUGAUGAUUCUGGCGCAAUCCCAGACUACAGCCGAAUGAAAAAGAUCGAGCUUUCUCCAGGCACCGCAUACAAGUUUCGCGUGGCCGGUAUCAAUGCGUGCGGCCGCGGGACGUUCUCCGAGGUCUCUGCGUUUAAGACCUGCUUACCUGGCUUCCCUGGAGCACCGUGUGCCAUCAAAAUCAGCAAGAGCCCCGAUGGUGCCCACCUGACCUGGGAGCCUCCUUCAGUGACGUCGGGGAAGAUCAUUGAGUAUUCGGUGUAUCUGGCCAUCCAGAGCUCACAAACAGUUGAGGCUAAAGCAUCCGCUCCGGCUCAGCUUGCCUUUAUGCGGGUGUACUGUGGGCCCAACCCGUCCUGCCUAGUGCAGUCAUCUAGUCUCUCCAAUGCCCACAUCGACUACACCACCAAACCCGCCAUCAUCUUCCGCAUCGCUGCACGCAACGAGAAGGGCUACGGCCCUGCAACGCAAGUCAGGUGGCUACAAGAAACCAGCAAAGAUGGCUCUGCGGCCAAACCUGCAGCAAAGAGGCCGGUCUCGUCACCUGAUAUGAAAGGCGCUGGUCCAAAGAAGGCCAGAUCUGACCAGUGAGAGCUCACCGUGACCCCUGACCCUGCCCUGUUUAUGAGCUGAACCAUGACUGAACUCCACCUCCUGCUGAAUGACCUUCCUGCUUCCACUUCUCACCCCAUUCCAUCCUCUGCAAUGAACCGGAAGGAAACUGCAGCCAAAAAUAGGAAAACGUUCAAAAAAAGGAAAACCUUUGUUUCCGUUUUUGAGAAAUCCACUACCAUCACUGGACAUGUUGGUGCCAUGGACGCCUAAUUUCCAACUGUAUUUUUAAAAAAAAAACAUAAAUGUUCCUCCUCAGAAGCACAUACAUUUGCUUUUGCUGACAAUUUUGUGUAAAGCGAUUCCGACAGCAGCGUUCAAUCUAGUUAUAACUGUAUUAUCAGAUACUCAUUCUUUGUUUUAUUCCCUUGAUAUUCAUUUAUUUUUAAGCUUAUUUCAAUACAAGCAAUAGAUAACAGAAAAAUAACUCUGCUCUCUUGUCAGUUUGUUGAUGUUUUCAUUAUUUGGGCAAGUCUGUAUAUUUCAACCGUGUGCUGAAAGGAGACGGAGACACAGAGGAGGGAGUGCAGACGGCGAAACGAAGCAGGGGAAAUCAAAUAAAAACGGACAGAACUUGGUGAUGCUUAUGAGGGAAAAGACUCUGUUCAUUUGGAGAAUCUGUAAUUAUUAAUUCACUUCGAGUUCAGUAGCCUGUUUUGCAUCACUGUGUGUUCAUACAUUUGCUGUGAGGGACAAUUGAGGACCGCAAUGCUGAAGACUUAAAGGACUUCGAUCCAUGUAGAUGAAAAGCAUAAUACUUUUGCAUUGCGUCAACUAGAUCUUGUAUAAAGAGAGAAAAAUCCCAAAAAUAGUAAAUGGUGAUACAGGAGUUCUUUUUGUGUGGUUUAUUUUUGUAAUUUUUUUUUUUUUAAUCAGAAAAGGUCUUUCCUUCUCAUGUAUUUGUGCUUCAGAGCGCAGUUUUAAACCUCACCCCUCUCCUCAACAUGUUAACUGCUUGUUCCUGUAGUCUCCAUGCUUGUGGAUUUGACAUGCGGGCCACAGUGUUUCCCGUGUUCAUGAAUGAUUUCACCUUUAUUUUGGGAGUUGUAGUGUAAAAUGUAUGUAUUUGUUCUAAACAAUGACUCACUUUUGAGGCUUUCUCCACCCCACUUUUUACUUUUUGGCGUUUAUAGAAGCUUACUGCAGAAAAAGAUGCUUUUAUUUUUAUUUCACUCUUGUCAUUAGUCUAUAUUUCCUGUACAUUCACUUUUCUGAAUCUCACGUUUCUUUUGUACACUUGGUUUUGUGAGUUGAUAGAUAUGAAUUGGGAUACUUCUCAAGCUGUGCGGCAAAAGUUUGAACCAUUUUCAUUCUCUGCUUCGGACUGUUUGGACUUGUUAUGAAUGCAGACCUGUGUAAAUGCUCAAUUGGUGGAAAGUAAGGUGAGGUUUUGAUGGGAAUGUCUUUUUUGAAUGGAAGCUAGAAACAGUUUGUUCCCGUUUCUAGUGGUUGGGAAAUGUUGCAGAUGGAUUGUUGGCUUAGCCAGAGUUCGAACUCAGUUGUAAAUUAGUUCUUUCACGUAGCAAGACGUAAAACAAAAAACCCUUUGCCUUUUUUAUAUAAUUAUCUGUAACAAGAUGUUUUUACAUGUUGUCAUCUAUUGAUUGCUUUUGUGUCUUGACAUGAUAUAAAAGUAAUGGAAUUCUG